AUGUUUUCUCGAUCUUUCUUUUCCCCUUUACAAUUUUCACACUUUUCUUUUACGUUUUUGUUCUUUCUUGUUACUGUAUUAUUUUUCUCUCUUUCUUUCUUUCUUUCUUUCUUUCUUUCUUUCUUUCUUUCUUUCUUUCUUUUUCCAGCAACAACAAAGCCUAAUUACAAACUUUUCCAUUUGUAUUUAGUUUUUCCAUUUCCAGUCAAUCUCCUUCCUUUCAUUUCUCUUUCAAUCUGUCAGUCUUCUCUUUUUUCCACGUUCAUUUAUUUCCCUUCGUCUAUUUCUCCUUUCAAUUCACCAUCUUUAACAUUUUUUCUAUCCUUCAUCUUUGUCCGCUCCAAUCCGAACACGUUCUCCUCUUGCCCCACUGUUAAAUUUAUCUCCUUCUAUUUGUCCCUCUUUCCGUUGAUUUUCAUUCUCUUCCCCAGUCAUUCUCCUCCUGCUCUUUCUUCUUCUUCUUCUUCUUCUUCUUCUUCUUCUUCUUCUUGUCAAUCGUACUCUCUUCCUCUCUCUUAUCUCAAUAAGGGCAAGUUGCUUUUUUUCUUUUCUUAUUUUCUCAUUUCUUACGUUUUCUUUCUUUCCUUCGAGUUCCUUCUUAUCUCCUUUUCUUUCUUUUUCAUUUACUUACUUCACUAUUAUUUCUUUCCUUUUUGCUUUUCCUAUUCCCAUCUUUACAUACUCAUUUUCUUUCUUUCUUUCUUUCUUUCUUUCUUUCUUUCUUUCUAUUCUGGCCAUUUUUCUCUUUGUGAUUCAAUCUCGUCUCUCAAUUAUUUUUUCCUUUACAUAUUUCUUUCUUUCUUUCUUUCUUUCUAUUCUGGUCAUUUUUCUCUUUGUGAUUCAAUCUCGUCUCUCAAUUAUUUUUUCCUUUACAUAUUUCUUUCUUUCUUUCUUUCUUUCUUUCUUUCUAUUCUGAUAUUUCUUUUUCUUUCUUUCUUUCUUUCUUUCUUUCUUUCUUUCUUUCUUUCUUUCUUAGCUAGUUUUACUUUCUUUCCUUUUUCCUUAUUUUUCAAUCAUCAUACCUUUAUCAUUUAUUGUUUUUAUUCAUUCUCUCUCUCUCUCUCUCUCCCACCUUCUAUGAAUGCAAUUUUCAAUCAUCUAUCUAUCUAUCUAUCUAUCUAUCUAUCUAUCUAUCUAUCUAUCUAUCUAUCUCUCUCUCUCUCUAUAUAUAUAUAUAUAUAUAUAUAUACAUAUAUCAAUCUAUCUAUCUAUAUAUCUAUCUAUCUCAUUCUGUUCAUUAUCUAUCUAUCUAUCUAUCUAUCUAUCUAUCUAUCUAUCUAUCUCUAUCUAUCUCAUUCUUUACCUAUCUAUCUAUCUAUCUAUCUAUCUAUCUAUCUAUCUAUCUAUCUAUCUCAGUCUGUUAUCUAUCUAUCUAUCUAUCUAUCUAUCUAUCUAUCUAUCUAUCUAUCUAUCUAA